GGUUGGCCUACGGACGUGUUGCAAAGAAUAGAAAUCGACGUUCCUCUCGGUCCUUCUCGUUGACCUGUCGCGUCUGGUAGGCUCCUGAUCCUAAUCUUAUUGCUGCGCGCCGCUUCCAGCCAUGGCUUCACGUCCGGUUGGUUCUUAAUCUCUUCGGCAGUAUGAAUAGCUGGUGGCCCCCAAAUAACGUUGGCAACGAGCCACCGUCCAGUACAUAUCCUGUCAACGGCUGGCCAACGCCUCAUGUUAGUAAUAGCAAUCAGCCAUCUCCCAGCCGUCGAGAACAUGCUCUGCAGCCGCCGCCUUUGACAACGGCUUUGAGUGGUCCUCAAUUUCAUGGCUUAGGUGUCGCGCUGGGUGCAAGCUACUCGUCGACACCGCUGUCAACGACCUCUCUUUCCAGUCCGUUUACACAAAGCCAAUCUCCUGCGGCUACUACUCCGGGGGGUAUAGGAGUUGGGUCAUCAUCGAUGGCUUCCAGACAAUACAAUGUCCCUUACAAUCCUCAGGAUUGGGGUCCGGUGGGCGGCUCGGGACAAUCCGCUUAUGUGCAACCAAAUAACAUGCUUCGAAUCAUUCCACAAGCGCGACAAGCCGGGUCUCAUUCAGACAUGACUCUCUCGCCGCCUCCACCUCCAUACUCUCCCCCAAGUCAGCCUCAGCAGCAACAUCAACCCAGGGAAAAUGUCAACCAUGGUACCUCAGGGCGAGGCUCAGCAUCUCCAGGGGCUAUUUCUUCGUAUAAUGGAGCAAUACAUAAUAAUGCUGACGCUUCCACGGAGUACCGGCAGCGUCCUCUUCCCCGUACCCGCCCGCUGUCUAUGGUUCAUAUGGGUGACGCAGGCCAGAAUAGACAUGUAUCGCUUCCACCGCCCCCUCCCCCGUUAUCACGAGGCGUAUCAUCUUCAAGGUCGUCAUCUCAACAAAGACCUGAUACAUAUCGGGAACCACACUCGUUGAAUACAGGGUCACGGCCCUAUAUCAUGGUUUCACAACAGGAGAAUCUACCCCCAUCACAGUCGAGUAGCCAUGGUCAUAUGGCGGCUGCUCCCCAGUCCGAUAAUCUCACUCGACCCCCAACCUCCAGGCGAGCCGUUUCGGCCGGCCCCGUUGUGAAUAGUGCGAGUACGUCAAGAGCUACAAGCCAGUCUCGGAGUCGGUCACCGCCAGGGCGUAGCUGGGAACCAGGGAUGCCUCUCCCACCACCUCCUCCCGGCCCUCCUCCUACUACAAGAUCACAGAGCGUCAGUGGCCUAUCUGAUACAACUUCCUUGCGUAACUCGCAAACUCAGCCAAGGGCCGCCAGGACUCGGCCACCUCCAGUGUUGGGAACAGGCUUGGACAGCAUUCCCCCGACUCCAGCUGGCUGGGUGGAUGAGGGGCCUACAGUGACGAAACACAGAGACAGAACACCCCUUGCUAUUGACACGGUGAAUACUACAAUGUCUUGCACCGAGGCUGAUAGGUCUGGAUCUCAUGGGCCCCAAAGUUCCACUAGCAAUGGCCUGUUUCGCAGUCCAGCUCUUCGGGACCCAAACGCCAAAGGGAUUAGAGAAAGGCGGAUCGAACGCAGGAAUAGACAGAGCCAGGUUCUUGAUGACUUCAGUGCUGUAUCGACGAGUAGCAAUCCAUGGGCCGAUGCGUUGGACCAAGUAAAACCAUCGAAUUUGGUUCUCGAAGAUACUAACGCCGUUGCUGAUAAUACUGGACAUCAGCAAUCAACGAGAGUGACUCCGAGCACCAGCCACAGUCUUGGAUCUGAUGGACAGCAAAUUGCCUCCCGGCCCAGAGCCUCCUCAACUGGGUUAUUUUCAAAUCGGUCCUCUUUCUCGACUCCCAGAGGCGAACCCAGCCCUCUUGGGCCGAACCGGGGGUUUGCGCAUACUCCGCCAUUUUCCCCGGGUGGUGAGAAAUCAUCCACGAAUGCCCCACAAGUGCUGCCUCCAAGAGCCCUUCCGACCCCCCCAUUGCAAUCUGGACAAGAUACGAGGCCGCCUUCUAGGCCUAGCUCUAGAGAGGACCGGCCGGUAUCCCAUCUACUACAUUUGCCUAAUGAAGCUCUACCUACGGUCUCAGCAUUAUCCCCACGCCGAGUUCCAUCACAAAAAGGCCCAUCAUUAGAUUCCGUCGUCAACCAAGAUAUGGAGUUCGUUCAGAAUGCCAUACAAAGACACAAAACAUUCAUAGACAAGGAAGCCGGUGCCGCAGAUGAAGCGGAAGCUCUAAAUAUUUUCACGGAGUUCAUUAUCUCAGAAUCUCAGAUAAGGCGUGAAAGGUACGCAAAAGUGUGGGACUCUAGCUCUUUCAAUGUCGAAAAUGUGCGUCACAGGCUAUUCGAGAUGCCGCCAAAGCCGCAAGCCGCGCCUGCAACCCUCUCUAGGCGGCCGUCCAGGAGUGCACCGAGGCUCAGCAUACCCCAAUCCCGGCCUGAAUCUGCUUGGUGGAACAACUAUCAGCCUUGCUUGUCACCAAUAGCGAGCCUUAGUAUGAGCAAUGAUGAAAUGAGUUCCCGAGGUCGCGCCCCAAGCCGUUGGUGGGAGUCGAAGUCUAGCAGCGAGGGGGGCGCAAGGAGAAUCGAGCGAUCAAGACGUGAAUCUAAAUAUAUGGGCUUGCCUCGCGAAUCUCUACAAUGGCCCCAGGGGCGGGAACUUACCGAAGGUAGAGGUACGAGCGAUGCAUUUGAAUCAACCGACGAAUACGGAGCGUACGGCCCGGAUGAAUACCCGCCUGAAAAGGUCGGAUGGCACGAGGAGCCAGCUUCCUCGGAUUACUCAAGUACGGUAGGGCACAACAACCGCGGGCAUAGUCGAGAGGCCCGGAAAAUGGAUGUUUCUCGGCUCAUUACUCUGCCGCCACCUUACCCACGGCACCAUCCAGCUGUCAACAACAGCCACCCAGAUCUCGUCAACUAUCGAACUUUGGUUCGAUCGAUCAGUGAUCUCUCUGUGAUCAAGUCUACCAGACAACGUCAUAAAUCUGAAAUUGAGAGUCUAUCACAAAGCCAUCAGGAGAGAAUGCAGGAGGGCCGCCGGUGUUUCAAAGCCAAUAUUCAGAGCCAGAUCCAACAGGGUAGCAUUAGCUUUGCAGAGGCUGCAGAAGCGGAGGCUGCACUGAUCAUGGAAGAGAAUAAGCUUGCGAGAGAGCUGGCAAAACAGGAGCUGGAUAGCUACCAAGAAUCAGUGCUAAAGCCGAUGCACGAAAUUCUCACAGAACGAGUCAACAAGGCCACUGCUUCUAUUGAUGAGCUGCGUAGCAAGUUGUUCGAUGAUGCUCAGAACGAGACCCCCGACCAGACCCAAGAAGAAGGAGACGAAAAGCCAGAACUGCUAGAGAAACUCACGCAGCUCAAAUGGCUGUUUGAAGCUCGGGAGCAGCUCCACCGUGAAAUGUAUGAGUUAGUCAGUGACCGGGAUGAAAAAUACAAGACUGUGGUCUUGUUACCGUACAAACAGAAGGCGAACGAGGAGAAAGUGCGUGAAACGAACGCCUUCUUCGCUAAAGAUGCUCUGGACCGCCGUGUGAACCGCGAAGCGAAUGCACUGGCUCGGCUUGAAUCAUUUUUGGCUGUGAUCGAAGAGAACGUGGUUCGAGGGGUAGAGAUACAGCUAUCCGCCUUCUGGGAUAUCGCGCCAUCUCUUCUCGCUCUGGUUCAGCAGAUUCCGGGGGAUCUUGCUGGCUUUCAGCUUCAGAUUCCUGCCAAUGAGUAUGAGGAGAAUCCCAGUUACCAGAACCAUCCGUUGCAAUAUCUCUAUACGCUGCUGUCCCAUGCGGAAAAGUCUAGUUACCAGUACAUCGAAUCCCAGACCAACCUCUUUUGCCUCCUACACGAGGUUAAGUCUGCUGUCAUGAGAGCCAAUUGCAAGCUUAUGGAAGCCGAACGGGUCCGCCUGGGAGAGGUUGAAGACAACGUGCGGCGGGAGAUGCAAGCAACCCGUGCGGAGGAAGAGCGGUCUUUGACCAACGAUCUCAAGGAUAAAGUUGCUACAGUGGAAGGGCAAUGGGCCGAAGCCCUGGGGAGUGCAGUACAGGGCUUACGAGAGCGUGUAAAGGAGCAGCUCGUUGAUGAAGAUGGAUGGGAGGAGCUUGAACAGCUGGAGGAGUGAGGACCCCUGGAUGAAUUAUGUUUGAUGACGAUGUUUGGCUUUUGAUGGAGAAAAUUUAGUCCACGGGCUGUUUCGAUCUGCGUUUGUUUUACUUUGCCGAAGAUACCCAAACUAUCCGUUCGUUACUUGUGUUAUAGUUAUAUGUGGCCCUCGAAGGAUGUAUGUGCAUACGAGUACCUGUAAGUACUACUAUACUAGUAGUAGUACCAUAGGUUACUUAGGGCUAUUCUGCAAUGGGUUGGGCCAAUGAGUGCCUUUCUAACCACUAGCGCAUACACGUGACCCCUACCUUCUAGAGCUUUCCUUCCACGUCCGUUUCUUCUCUCUUCUCGCCUUCACUUCGCCGGAGGGGAUCCCCUGUAUUUAAGUAACCCCCCUUCGCUUGCUCCCUUCUCAACCCAUUGGACCUGAUUGACCUACUAUUGCAGC